GAAUCGGCACAUCGGACCAUGUCGGGUUCACGCUCACACGUGACUGCAGCCGCUGGGCGGAGGGGCAGGUGCUGCCUGGCACAGGCACCUGGGCGGGCCAUAGUCCCCACCGCUCCCUGCAGCCUUACUCUUCGUGCACCUCAUUCACAUCACUGCCCGGCCCCCGGAGGCACCUGAGGGUUUUUCCUCUGGUCCGGUCCAGUCUCUCCUUGAACAGGGGUGACUUCCGAGAACGGGUAACCGUGUUGAGCCACGCCGUGCACUUCACACCCGCUGAGGCAGGCACUACCAUCAUCUUCCCACUUUUCACCGAGGAUGCAAAGCCUCAGAGGGGGCAAGUAACCAUCCCAAGGCCACACAGCUGGUUGGUGGUGAUGUUGCCAUUCCAGGUCCGAUGGAUCGGAGGCCAGAGUCCGAGCUCUCGAGGACGGCUCCCUACCCCACCUCUCCAAGAUGCUCCUGGAGGCCAGAGAAUCCUGCCAGCAGCUGUCACGGUAGCCUGGAGUGAGUGGGCAUCUUUGAAAGAGGGAAGGGAGGAAGGAAGGAAGGACGGAUGGAUGGAAGAGACUCUGCAAGGCCCUCUCUCAUCCAGCAGCCCACUUCAUCCUCUAAGGACCCUGCCACGUCUGUGUGGAAGGCCAGUGCACUUGUCCGUACGGGGUGGGGACCUUUGUCGGGGAUCUGCCUCUGCCUGCAUGUACCACCCACCCAGCCACGCUCCGCUCCCCCUGCCCUCCGUCCAAUCUCAGGAAGUUCCACCUGACCACCCACCCAGUUGCCCAGGGACCAUUAAUUUUUCUAUGGACGAUCAAACCCAGAUAGAGUGGAAGGGCUACCGUACAGCUGAUCCCAAAACAGUAACCAAGGAGCCAGGGACAACAUCUGGGGGUCGACCAGGACAGGCAGUGGACACAACCGUGUUGGCCUUAUGUGUACUGGGAAAGUUUUCUCCGGUGUAUGUCCCUGAGGGGCAAAGGGGUAGAAAUCCUCCGCACGGCAAACUGGCACAAUGCAAGAAAAACCGGUCACAUGUAGAACCCUAUCCUAAGGAAGGCUGCAGGGUGAGUGAAAAAUGAGAUUUGAAUGUAGC